AAAAUGCAUCCGUCUGGCUGUGUUUGAUCAAGUUGAUCGCACUUGGUGGAAUUGCAACACAGAAUGUUUGGUGUUGUACAAAUGUUUGUCGCUCUCGACGGUCUCACGUUUCAAUAGCUGCGCUCUCGCGUGUGAUUCAGUGUGAUUCUGAGUGGGCGCAGAACUCUUUAUUAGGAAAAAAAACUGACUCUCAAAAUCUUUGAUAAAAAGUAAAGUAAGCACACUCGCAUUUUUGUCAUCCCCGGAAAGCUUCCGCGCAAGAUGGUGGUGCCAUUCGAGACGGUCGUCAAUGAGCAGGGCCAGACAGUUCACAAGCCCCUCUACAUGGCCACUCCUUCGGCGCCGUCGCUCGAGGAGGCCUUCAACUUGUGCCCUCCGGACGCGACGGUGUGCUUCCUAGUGCACAAUCCCGUGGAAGGCAACCGGGACAUCGUGGCGGACAGGAAGGCGAUCCUCGAGAGUGGCACGAAACUCGCGGACAUCGUCAACGGAUUUCCCAAUGGCAAGAAGGUCAUCCUCAAGUACGACAAAAUCGAGAUCUUCGCGGAAUUAAUUGGGUUUAUCGAGAGAAAAUUCAUUAGGAUCCGCGACGUGAGCGAGUGUCAGCAAAUCUUCCAAGUGGCCGCGCAGUAUGAUUGCCAGGAGCUGAAGGAGCAGUGCAUAAAAUACCUGGACGACCAUCUGACGCUGGAGAAUGUGAUUGAGAUCUUCACGCUGAUGCACUCGCACUGCAACGGCACUAAAGUGCCGCCGUUCAAGAGCCAGGGAUGCUGCCGGAGGCCCAGGAGGGAGUUCGAGUGCACGGACGAGUACAUCAGCGCCCUGCUGGAGAAUUGCCUGCAGUUCAUAGACACUUACGCGAAGGAAGUCGUCAGCUCUCCGGAGAUUCUCACGCUGACCUACAGUCAAUUGGUGCUCAUCCUCACGCGAGACACGCUGCAGAUCGGAUCAGAGGUGAACGUGAUAAAAGUCCUGGAGGAGUGGAGUCGGUUGGCGUGUCAGGAGCGGCAUCUCGAGCUCACGGAUGAGAAUCGACGAAAAGUCUUGGGCGCUCUUUGCUACGCUCCGAGGUAUCUCACAAUGCCCACCAAAUCGUUCGACAUUGUGUUCAGCAGAGUCGAACUGUUGGACGAGAAUGAGAAGAAUCUCGUGAUUGAUGUGAUGAAGAACCGUCGAAACUCUAGCAUCACAUCGGAUCAGCUCAAGAUGAUAGACAGCUUCAAGAGGAGUCGCACGAAACGACCCUCAAUGCCUAUUCAACUGAGUGAACGCUCCAACCCGAAGAACUACUCCAGGAAGAUGAGGAAGCACUCCAAGGAAGGCAACAGGUCGUGUGCAAUGGACUGUUUGUCCAUCAUCGUCUGCUGUUUCGACUGAAUUCCACCUCCAGCAGGUACUUAAGGUCAUUGCGACGUAGAGUAGGACUCUUUUAUACGCCAAGGCACGCCCACUCAAAAACCACGCCCAUUUCAUCCACUUUCACAUCUAAAUUCGCAAUGACCGCAAACUACCAGUGCUAGAGAUGUUGUCUUGUAUAAUUCCAACAUGACAAACUCGUACUGUAGCCAGAAGAAGCAGCAAAAUAGUAUUAGAUUUUCUACAAUUGCUAGGCCACUGAACAAGGCAUUUAAGGAUAGUGACACUGCACAGAGGAACAGAGAUACAAAAUCAAUGUUAUAAAUUAUUCUUCUAGCCUUCAUGACAUCUGCCCAGUCGUUAAAAAUGGGAAAAUUUGUUACCAAUUUUUAAUUUCCACACAGAAAAAAAAACUUAUAUAUUUUGGAGAAAAGACAGCGAAAGAUUUUAGAAGAAAUUUGUUAACGUUUUGCCAUAAUUUAAUUUCUAAGUAUGUGAUUUUUAUUCCAAACAAUGUGAGAUAGUGAAAGAGAAAAAUAUACUCGUUGUACUUCUUGCGAAUAUCGCUCAAAUUAGCAUGAGAUUUUAGAUGUUCUAGUAAAAUUAUUUGGAAAGGACCGAAGAGAUGGAUAUUGUGAGGAGAUUUCUAUGAGAAAAAUUGUAUAUCAGUGUGUUGAUAAGAUAGAGAAAUAUUGAAUGUUAAUGAUAGGAAUAUUUAAAAGGAAAGAUGAAGGAUUUAUGACUGUUUACAAUCUCAGAGAGAAAAAUCUAUGUUUAAUGGACUUUCUAUUAGAUUUAUUGCUAAAUGUAUAUUUGGAGAGACACUUGAUAGAGAAAGGCUUAUCAGAUGUUAUCAUUUUACCGUCUGUUUAUUGUUUAAUUAUAAAAUAAAAGCAUCAGAGAAAAGUGCAAA